AUGCGACCCAUUUGGGAGUCGGCCAGCAGGCCGCUCUUUGUGCGCUCCGUGUGGCAGGAGGCGAUAGGGAGGCGACACUUCAUACUUGACUACGAGCCGCGACAGAGGCAGCGCUGGAAGCGACAAAAAGCAAGGCUGAGAGGUAACUACCAGCAAACCCAAUCCUGCGAGAUCUUCGAGCAGACCACUGAGGACAACAGUGUCGAGUACCUGGAUGAGUACCUGCUACUGGACGCCACCAAGCUGACACUGCAACAGCAACAAUCCUUGCCCACAAUGAGUGGGCGUCCAGGACAAAUUCCCGCCACCAACGGAGGCCGAGAUCAGCGUCAAAGCACUCGCCAUUCCAAGAGGCGGGCUUGGCUUCUGAGUCGCGGGCGCACCUACCACUUGGAACCGCAUCUUGGAGAGCAUCAGUCAAGGCGGAGUUCCCUUCAGGACGCGGGUAGCACCCUCACCCCAACCGCUAACAAUCCUGAGGAGCGACUGGCCGAAAGAGUGCUCCACUGGCUAGACUUGGCCGGUCGCACGGACAUUGUCAAGGAUCCGGAGCCCACGCCGCCGACCACCAGCAGUGCCCAGUUGUCCAGAUCCGCCCAGAGGAUGCAGCGCAAUCACCAUAGAACCAUGAGUCUUAAGCGCGUGGCCACAGCGGCAGCGAAUCACCAGCGAUCGCUGGCCAGGAAGCCCAGUGCCAAGCCGUUACCCCCACAACAGGCUCCCACCCAGCAGGUCAUCACCACCAAUUCCUCCUCGUCCGCCUCCAAUGCCAAGCCCAUCACCAUUAUUUUCAACAAGGAGGGCGUGCCCGUGCGACUGAACCGUCCGGCCCGGAACAUUGAUCUCUGUGCCCUAAGCAGCAGUGCCAAUACUACACGCCGAUUGGCAGGUCAACUGGCUUCGGCCCGCCUGUACAGUGGAGCCACUGCAUCCCCGCUGUCGGAGGAGGCACGAACGCCCCCGCUCAGCAGUCGUGGUAUGGCAUCCGCCGUAUCGGACAGUCGCAAGCAGCUGCACAUUUUCAUGCCCAGCCUGCCGAAGAAGGGACUGCUGGGAGCGGGUUCCACGGAAGGAAGUGGCAUUGGAGUAACCAGUGAGGAUGCCUUAAGCACCAGCUUCAGUGAACUGUGUCAACUGUAG